AUGUCUCUGUCUCUCUCUCAUCUCUCUUUCUCUCCCGAAAGGACAAUUCGGUUUGAUUUCGAAACUUCCACCACCGGAAUCGCCGCCAUCUCAGUCGCUUCACCGCCUCCUUCGUCCCGACCUUCCUCCCCAACGCCUCCUCCGUCCCGAUCAAUCUCUGAAGCUCUUGAUAUCCUCUUCUCAGGGGCACACGUUAGGCUGAGCACGGACUGGCAGAGAGAUAUACACCAGCCAUUAAGUAAAACUAGUUCGUGUUUUGCUUCAAACGAUCAGGGACACUGGGCUAGAAUCUCUGAACCAGUUAGGGGUAGGCUCUUAUACAAGCCUCCCAUCUAUGAUAUCAAUGCGCCAGACUUGUACAUUCCCUUUAUGGCAUUUGGUACGUACGUUGUUCUUGCUGGUCUUUCACUGGAACUUAAUGGAAAGUCUUCUUAUUGGUACUUUGUAGCAGAAGUUUGA